CGGGGUGGCUGGAUCUGUAAGACCGAAGACUCGUCACGAUGAGGAAGGGGGUGUUCUUUCAGUAACACAAGGAGGCUCGGAUGCAGCCUGGACUCUAUCCCCUGGGAUCAAUCUUGAGUUCGGUCUUCGACACCAGUUGGUCGGUUGCAGUCGUGGAGGUGGAGAUGAGUGCGUGUGUGUGUGUUACAUGGAUUUUUGUUUAGACUACCAGGAGUCCUAGAGAGUGUAGAGGCCACCGUAGUGUUGCUGACGAGGAGUAGGAGGAGGACGUCUUGUCGGGGAGCAGGGCUGCAAAUCAAAGAGGAGGAGGAGGAGAAGGAGGUUUGGGGGUGAUCUUGGUGUUGGGUGAUUGGUGGUGGCAGACAUGAGUGGAGCCAGUGCCUGUGAAGUCAUCUUCAUCUCGGUCAGCCAUAGCACCACACUGAUGGGGAAGGUGUGGCUGGUCAUCAUGGUGUUCCUCCGGGUCCUCGUCCUGCUGCUGGCCGGCUACCCGCUCUACCAGGACGAGCAGGAGCGCUUCGUGUGCAACACCAUCCAGCCGGGCUGCGCCAACGUCUGCUACGACCUCUUCGCCCCCGUCUCCCUCUUCCGCUUCUGGCUGGUGCAGCUGGUGUCCGUCUCCCUGCCCUACCUCGUCUUCGUAGUCUACGUGGUCCACCGGGUCCUGUGCGGGCUGACUGCCGGCUCUGCCCUUCCUCCUCCUCCCUCUGCACCUCCUCUUCCUCUGGCACAGGACGUCGGGAGGGCUGGGAAGGACCCGCCCGGGACGGCGGCGGCGGCGGCGGCGGCCCUGCGUGCCGAGCUCGGCCCCGGGCGGCGGUGCUUCGCGGGGGCCUACCUCCUGCAGCUGGUCUUCCGCAUCCUGUUAGAGGUGGGCUUCGGCGCCGCCCACUACUACCUGUUUGGCUUCCACAUCCCCAGCCGCUUCCUGUGCCAGCAGGCGCCGUGCACCACCCAGGUGGACUGCUACAUCUCGCGGCCCACCGAGAAGAGCGUGAUGCUGUGCCUCAUGCUGGGCGCCGGCGCGCUCUCCCUGGGGCUCAACGCGCUGGACGUGGUGUGCGCCGUCAAGCGCUCGGUGAGGCAGAGCGCGAGGAGGAGGCGGCGGCGGCGGAGGACGCGUGUGGAGAAGCUGUACGAGGAAGAGCGCUAUUACCUCAUCAACGGUGGAAGCCACAGCGGCAGUGGUGGCGGUGGUGGCGGGGGCAGUGGGGGUGACGGUAGGGGGGAGGAGGAGGACGGCGGCCACGAGGUCGGUUCACUGGUGCACCACGAGGCGGCGUCGACGGGAGGAGCGUCCCGCCCCGGAAGCUUCCGGAAGCGGGGGCCGAGCAAGGCCUCGAGCGUCUGCGGCCCCGUCCCCGACCACUGCUCGGUACGGGGCUCCCUGGUGGCCCUCAGCCCGGGGGCCCCCCGCGGCCUGAACACCAACAACGGCAACAACGGCUACGGGCAGGCCCAGCGGGAGGAGGCGGCGCCCCACGGCAGCGACGUGGCCCCCGGACCCCCCUCCGAGCCCCCCGCCACGCCCCGGUCCAUCCGCGUCAACAAGCAGGGCCGCCUCAAGCCCCCUCCCCCGCCGCGGCGGGACCCCGCCGCGCCGCCGCUGGGGUCGUUCGGGGUCGUCUCCAAGGCGACAGCGGACGGCGGCAGCAGAAGGGGCGGUCAGUACACUCAGGUGGAACUUGGCGGUUGCCAGGACGACGGCCAGGCGGAGAGGUCGGAAUGGGUGUGAGCCUGAUGCUUCGCCACUUCCUGGUUGAGGAGCGAUCAGAUUGAGAGAGAGAGAGAGAGAGAGAGAGAGAGAGAGAGAGAGAGAAGAAGGGGCGAGGGAGCGCAGGAUGUACAGGGCUUGGGGGCUUCAGGCUGUGGGGGCCGCUGUAACGUUACCAUGGGGACAUCGGUCUGAAGAGGGCGGCAGGCGGCCCACGCUGGAGGAACUUCAGAGUGGACACGUUGGUGGCGUGAGGAUCCCAGCGCAACCAGGAUGAGAACGAGGGAAAUGAGUUGCAGGGAGAGAGCGAGGGGCGGUAAAAAAAGAAAGAAGAAUGUUGGCACGGACACCUUGACCGAACUAGUCAGGACUUGUAGGCCACACACACACACACACACUCACACUCACACACACACACACACACACACACACACACACACACAUACACACUCUACCUUACGAACUCGUAAGGCCAGUGUGUCCUUGACCCGGGUCUAAAAGUGGACGGGCCGCCACCUGCUCUGGUCCUGUUGGUUCUGUCCCUCCACACCUCCCCAGCCCUGACCCGACGCGCAUCCACAAG